GAUCGUGAUUCUGCGGGACGCGCAGCGUCGCGGCGUCCUUCGUGUCCUCUCACCUUCUGCCGAUCUCGCGCGUCCGUCCGUCCGUCAGCGUUCCGACCGAGCGGCGCGACACACACGGCCGGCUUAUAUAUAUAUAUAUAGGGUCCAGUGCGACGAGAGAACUGCCGCCGCUGCAGAGAGAGAUCGGAGUAUCCACAUAGGGGAUAUCAUGUGGGGGAACAGUAAAUUCGGGGAAAAAUAUGAGAGAUACAUGACGCCAUGAUAAGAUGCUUCUUAUCACUGUGACGAUUACGGGACGUCAAUGCCGCGCGUCUCCCUCGAGCGCGGAGAAUUACGUCGAUUGCCGUCGUCCGGAAGGAAUACGAUAGCCUCCCGUCCCGAGGAUCGCACGCUUACAUUUUUCAUUUCUCAAUGCUUUUAUCGUUUUCUCCUCGCACCUCAACGUCCCGAUGGCCGGACAAUGGCUGAGAAUAAACGUACGAAUCGAAGAUGAAGGGAAUUUAUGCUGAGAGUACGUUCAUUGAUGGUCGAGUCGAACCGGGCCGGUUCCCUCUUGAUCUUGAUCGAUUGAUACACGCGACACGUCCGUAAUCCAUCGUGAUUUGGCACGUGUGUUUAAAACCACCGCGGAUAUCAGCGCGCGCGAUAUCGAGAGGCGCUCGCCCGCGCGAUCGAACUUUGGAUGUUGCUCGCGCCGCGAGCUGGUGGAGCACCGUCCGGAUUUCGAAGAGCGCGAAGAAGGGAACGCGGCGAGAGGUCCGAUUUACUCGCGAUCAGUCAGUGGUCACUCCGGCGCGAUUACCGGACGGACGUAUGCCCAGGUGCAGCGCGCGGACGAUCGAUGUGUAAAUGUGUUUCGCUAAAACUGUAGAUCGGGGAUACAAAGGAGCGAGAAACACGUGGCGCGAAGGGAAACUCCGGCGUGACUCUGGCGAAACUUUUUUUCCAAAUGGUUAGAGAUAACGUGAAUAAAGGUCGUCUUGAAGCGAGGGAACAUCGAGAUUCGGCAGUCAUGUAGAAGAAGGCCGACGUCAGAUUCAAGGGCUUUCGCGUUGAUUUCCGGGAGAGGUCAACGGCGACUAAGCAUCGCCGGCUUUUUUCGGUUUCGGAACAAAACGAGAAAUGAGAUCGUGAGGAGGAGACAUCUGCGGGACUCGGUGAAUUCUGUGAGUCGAGAGCGCGAGGACACGAGAAAGAACGUCACAUCCAGCGAGAUGUCGUGAACGUUUUCGAAGGAAACGCUGGACCGUCUCUCUUUCUCUCUCUCUCCGGGAGCGCAAAUUUCGGCGAAUUUUUGCGAGUGACGGAAGAAAAGUUCCUUGUGUUUGGUUUCCUAAGUCGAGGGGAGACGGGAGGAGAGACUUCGGGGCCAGCCUGGCCGGAAAAUUGGCAGUGUUAGUUCGCUCCGGGAUUUUCGCAGUGCAUCCGUGGAAGAGACGGUGCAAGAUUUUACCUAUGAGUGAUGCCUUCGGACGUAACGUCGGCGAAAGUUCGGCCGUUAGUUCCGCUCCGUUGAACGAUACCGAGGAAUCUUCCUCGCCGAGGGCUGAUUCCACCGCGCGAUUACGCGAGGCGGAACGACGUGGUUGAGGGACCCCGAAAGGAAGCCCCACCGCGCGCGCAAAGACGGGUUGCAUCUCGCGCGCGCUCUCUCUCUCUCUCUUUCUCCCUCCCUAUCUCUCACAAUUCAUUUAUAAUAAUUGAGACGAUCGUGCGUCGCACGAAGCGGUCGCAACAGCGUACAUCGUCAAUGGCGCACAUCCAAUCUCCGAUCGCUACAUUAGGUUACGGAUUCCGCGCGAUAUCGCGGAUAUUGCCCGUUCGCGUAUCAGUGUACGUCCCGACAAUCUGGUUUAGCUCGCGAAUCGAUCAGAAGAAACGAGCGCUCUUACUUCCGUGAGAUCGAGCCGCGUAUGUGAGCCCAAGGGCGAGAGCGAAAAAAAAAGGAAGGAAUCUGGGAUACGGCGGAGGAAGAGGCUAAUCUAUAAAAAUCCACGCGAACGCUUAAAAAAAAACACACAAACAAUUACAACUAAUUUAAUAAAAUGAGAUUGGCGCGAAACCGUGCGCGCUCUUAGACGUGUAUGCAUUCGUGCGCCCGUAAACACGGCGCGCACAUACAGACUCCCAGUGAAUGUGAAAAGUGUCGGCUCUGUUAUAUCGCGCUUGUUCGUAACUCCUCCCUCGUCGGGUUUCGUUUAUAUCGCGCGCGCGCGCGCCUGCUCAUUCUCAUUCUCUCAAGCAGUGCGCGAAUAUAUAUACACAGGUAUAUACACGAGUGGUGGAUCGCGUGCUCGCGGUCUCGUGCCCUCCGACGCUUGUCGUUACACGUCCGAUCGUAAGUGUAACGAAACUUCCUGUAUAUACGCCGGUAUCGCGCCCUGUCACGGUAUACGGUAAAAUUCGCGCUGCUGUGGACCGGUUCGCCGUUCGCACGGACGAGGAUCUGAUCCUCGACUAACAGAGAGUGAGAGAGAGAAAUAGACGACGACAUAGACCGAGGGAGAUAUGUGCGGCGUGGGAUACUCAUUUCGAAUCGGACUCGACUACCGGAAGUCCGUACGAAUUCGUCGGUACGGUGACACUCGCAUUUAGGCACCUGAAACGAUUCGUGUGUGAGCAGGACGAGGGGGGGAAGAGUGAGAGUGGUGGAAAAGGAGGAGGGGGAGGAGGAGUACGGAGUCGAGAGAGAGUGCGUGAGCGGUUUUAAUCAACGUCAAUUGAGUUAGAUUGGGGUCGAAGUGGUUCCAAAAGGGACACCGAUAAAAGCCAUGGGCAUCAUGAACGCGUGGAAGGGCGGGCGGAUAAUCUAUGCUUAUCUCAUAUGGGUCGUCUUCAAGGCUGCCAUGGCGGGUGGACUUUACGAUGCCAUGAAUUCGUUGGUGGACGACGUCGUCGUGGAGGCGGGGAAGAACGUCACGCUGGGCUGUCCGGGAGUGACGGAGGAUUCGCUGGUGCUGAUGCUCGAGUGGCGGGCGAACGGGAUGCGGCUGCUCGAGUUUAAGAGCAGAAGCACGACUGUCGUGCGGCGAACAGAACAGAACAGAAUGUCUCUGAAUGUGAAAAAUUAUUCGCUGCAGCUGCAUCCCGUCAACGCCGCCGACAGCGGUAUGUACGAGUGUCUCGUGAACAACCGGAAUGCGCCGGAAGCCGUGAUCAAGCUCAUCGUGCGAGAUGUGCCUGAUCCACCGGAACGGCCACUCGUCAUAAGUUACACGUCCAAAGCCGUGAAUAUAUCGUGGGCACCUGGUGUUAAUUCCCACAACACUCCAAUUUCGCAGUACGUCAUCUACACCCGCAUCGACGAGGACGGCCCGUGGAACGCGACCAAGGAGAUCAUAACGCCGCACAACGACACGUUCUACACGGUCGAGAACCUGAGGCCGUUCACGGUGUACAGCUUUCGGGUGGCGGCAAUAAAUGCUUUAGGACGCAGCAAGCCCAGCCAGGCGUCCUACUACAUGGUGACCCUCCGCGAAAUACCAGAAGGAAAACCGACCAUCACGGCGGCCCACAAUACCUCAGCGACGUCUAUUUAUCUGGCGUGGAAGCCGCCGAGUCGCGACACCAUACACGGCGAGUUCCUCGGGUAUCGCAUCGGGUACCGGCGACGCGAGAAAGCGGAUGAAGAAAUGAAAAACGUUUACAUUCGUGAUCCUGCUGUCGACAAUCACAGUAUUCACAAUUUGGAUACCUUCACGCAGUACCUCGUCUCCCUGCAGGUAUUCAACCCCGAGGGUCACGGACCCGCCUCGACCGUGACGGUGAUGACCGACGAAGGUGCGCCGACGAAGCCGGAGAAUCUCACCUCUCGGGGAAUCACCGGCACCACCAUUGGGCUCUCGUGGUCGGAGCCCGAGAAUGCCAACGGUGUCAUCGCCGGUUAUCGCGUCUACUACAUGCAUUCCAAUUACACGGACGUUAAGAUGCACUUACCCGACAAAUCGGCGGACUCUGCGGACACGUACAUCGAUUUCCUUCUGAAGGAAUUGCACCCGUUCACCGAAUACAAGAUCUGGGUGAAGGCUUACACGCGGAAGAACGAGGGCGAGCCGUCCGAUCAGAUCAUUCGUAGGACCGACAUAACAGGGCCGAGCGCACCGCAGAUCUUGAAUUUGACUUGCCAAUCCCACGAGUCCGUCUACGUUCACUGGGCCAGGCCGGCGAACUUCUGGGGCUCGAUCGACUAUUACUACAUCAAUUACCGAAGGGACAAUGGGAGAUAUUACGAGCAGAUCGAGCUGAUGGCCGACAAAAAUCAUCUCGAGAGCGGGGCGAUCAUACCCAACCUGACGGUGAACACCGUUUACGAGAUCAUAGUACGGGGGGCCACCAGGAGCACAAUAGACAGCAGCCUGAUCAUUCAGGGUGACACCUCGAUACCAACAAAGGUGCUGGUCACCCGCGACUGCGACAAGAUACCACCCUUGAUGCGCCGCAGCAGCAAGGACCUGAGCGCGGGCGUGAUCGCCGGUAUGGUCUGCGCCUGCUUCGCCGUGAUGCUGGCGAUUACGUCCUUCGUGCUGUGGAAACCGAUCUUCAGGAAAUGCUUCCACACUGCCUACUAUUACCUGGACUACCCGCCGCGGAACGUUCCCACCCUUCAAGAAUGGGAGAACAGCGAGCAGGACGGCGAGAGGACCGCCGUGGCGGUCCAGCAAUUCGUUCAGCACGUCGCGAGCCUUCACGCCGACGGUGACAUCGGCUUCAGCAAAGAAUACGAGCUGAUACAGUCCGAGACCGGCGAUUAUACCGUGGAGAAUUCCCAGUUCGCUGAGAAUAAGGCCAAGAACAGAUACUUGAAUAUACUCGCGUACGACCACACGCGCGUGCAAUUGCUCUCCUGCGGCGGUGGGCCGCCUAAAAAGGGCCAGGAUUACGUUAACGCGAAUUACAUCGACGGAUGGCAAAGGGCGCGAGCUUACAUCGGCACUCAAGGCCCGCUCCCGCCUACGUUCGACGGCUUUUGGCGGAUGGUUUGGGAGCAGCGCGUAUCAAUAGUCGUAAUGAUUACCAAUCUGGUCGAGCGCGGUCGCAGGAAAUGUGAUAUGUAUUGGCCCAAGGAGGGGACCGAGACGUACGGUUACAUUCAAGUAACUUUAGUGAGGGAGGAUAUUAUGGCCACGUACACCAUCCGUACUCUUCAAAUUCGGCAUUUAAAGCAGAUCAAAAAGAAGAAAAAUGGGACCAAUAUGGGCGAGCGCACUAUAUGGCAGUACCACUACACCAGCUGGCCCGAUCACGGCGUGCCCGAUCAUCCAUUACCCGUUCUGAGCUUCAUCCGCAAAUCGUCCAACGCUAAUCCGCCCGAGGCCGGACCCAUCGUGGUCCAUUGCAGCGCCGGCGUCGGACGUACCGGAACGUACAUCGUGAUCGACGCCAUGCUGAAGCAGGCUAAAGCCAAGGACGAGAUCAACGUGUUUGGUUUCCUCAAGCACAUCCGCACUCAGAGAAACUUCCUGGUGCAAACGGAGGAGCAGUACAUCUUUAUUCACGACGCCUUGCAGGAAGCGAUCGAGAGCGGCGAGACCAACAUCGACGCCAAUAACUUAAUAAAGCACAUUCAAGACAUGCUGUGCCCAUCGAAUAACAAGACUGACGCGUGGAACAACAUCGAAGCUCAAUACAAGUUGGUGACGUCGUGGAAACCUAAGGACUUCAAUCUCGUAUCCGCCACCAAAGCGUGUAACGUCAACAAGAAUCGUAACAUGGACAUUGUCCCGAUCGAGAACGCGCGCGUUCACCUGACGCCGAAACCGGGCGUCGAUGGAAGCGACUAUAUAAACGCGACAUGGGUUUCAGGCUUUCAACGCAACCGCGAGUUUAUCAUAACGCAGCAUCCGAUGGAGAGCACCAUAAUGGAGUUCUGGCAAAUGAUGUGGGACCACAAUGCGCAGACCAUCGUUAUGUUAACUCAAUGCGACGAGGAGUAUCCGGAGUUCUGGCCCAUCGAAGGAAAGGAUCUCGAGUCCGAGACGUUCCGAGUGCGACUCUGCGGAACGAAGGAGACUGUCAACGGGACGAUCCUGCUGGAGGUCGCGGUUCGAUCGUUGCAGGAUGAUUACGAGCUCAGCGCCAGGAUCGUGCAAGCGCCGUCGAAUCAGAGCGGUCUGUGGCCGCACAACAACAAUCCGAAGACCUUCGUCAGCAUCAUCCAGGACUUUCAUCGGGAUUAUCAGAACGGUCCUAUCGUCGUGAUGGACAGGUACGGUGGAGUCGAGGCUGCGCUCUUCGUUCUGCUGACCACACUGAACAAGCAAUUGGAAUUCGAGCAAAGCGCCGACAUCUACAUGUUCGCGAAGCUGCUUUACAUGAAGCGACCUGGCGUUUUCCGCUCGAAGGAGGAUUACAUAUUGCUGUACCAGUGUCUGGAGUCCAUGCUGUCGACGAAAGGCCGCGCGGAGCCGGAUCUGUACGCCAUGGCGAACGGGCACGUCGCUACGCUCAACGACCCGAACGAGAUCAGGUCGGCCUCGUCGAUGCAACACAUGCCGCUAGAUUAUCCAUCCAAGUCAUCCGUCAUUCGCGAAUACGCGACCGUAGAAGUCAGUUCCGAAUACCUGUCCGACUAUACCAUUCCCAUACGCGUGGACCACCCGAUCGAGUCGUCCAGCAGCCGUGGGAGCGAGCCCUGUCUCUCCUCCCACGGCGGCAGCAACGAUCACGUAGUACCGUCGGAGAAAAGCAUGGUGGUGUCGCAGAGAAACAUUAGCUAUCAUAAUCAUCCGCCAUCCGGCGUCUCCGUAAUGGUCGAUGCUAACGGUUAUAUCACAAAUGGCAGCAUGCGCGUACCCACCGACAGUACGGAGCCCAGCUGUAAGAUGAUGCCGCAAUGAUGCCGGCCUAUCUUCGGUUGCAGCGCACCCUCACGAAGGUCGGCCCCGCUGUAAUCGAGACUGCACCGAAUGCCGCAAGUUUAAUCACGACCUGACUGAUCCCCCCGCGUCCGCGGAGGAGGUGUGACAGUUCGCAUCCAAGGGAGAACUGGAGGAUCUUCGAGCGGAUUUCUUAGUGUACAUAGAGCUAACGUGAAUGUUAAGAGAAACAAAAAGAAAAAAAAAGAAUCGAGAGAGAAACGCGAGGGAGAGAAAUUUCGGUGAGGAAACCCGGUUUUCCGGCGCGUGAACGGACAGUGCCAAAACAAAGAGACAAUGUUGCCGCCGAUGCACGCCGGAUGGGCGAUGCCUAUCACUCUUGUCCGUCGCGUAAGUUUACGUUGUUCAGUCUUAUUUUGUAUAUAUUGCAUAUACAUAUAUAUAUAUAUAUAAAAUUAUCGAUAUACACAACACACACGUACGCUCGCGCCGUAUAUGCAUAAUACGUAUAAGUGCAUACACUCACAUACACGCU